UUGCUCGUUUCGAAAACGAAUCAAUUAUGCUAUAGGUGAGGUAAAAUGUUUUGUGAACCCAUCCUUAUGCAAGGAUUAUUGGAAUGUAGCAGAGGGUACGCAAAAUUCUUGUUUAGUUGAGUCGUCAUUCGUUGAGUCAGUGUGUAGGAAUGAUUCUAUGGAGACAGUUGUCUCAUCUUCGUUGCUCCAGUUCAUGUAUUUUAACGAUAUCGUCGAGUGCUUCAUUUUUUGUGGAUUUCAUUUGUUUCAAUGUAAUAAGAAUGAUUUUGUCACGUUGUUAAGUGCCAUGGAUUUCCAUCACAGCAUUAUUUGGAGUGGUCUUAAUGUCCAAUCCACAUGUCGACUGUGGAAAAAUGGUGGUCUACAUCAGUACAUCCACGAAGAAAGGAGUCUAAUAAGAUAUGAUUUUAUUAUUUGAUUAAUCAUAUUGGUGUUGCUCAAUUAAUUAACAAUUUUGUUUCUUUCUUAUUAGGAUGUUUGUUCGGGGCUUAAUUCAAUUAUUGUCAUAUUUGUCACUGAAAAUGAAUGCCAGGACUCUUCGACUGCAGCUCAACACGGCUGGUGAACAAUAGCUCAACAAUUAUCUUCCACUCAGCCCUGGUAAAACGCCGAUUGUACCAGCAAGUUAUUGAACAGAUAUUCUAAAUAGAAAGAAUACAAUUCUCAGAAACAUGACGGAAGAGAUUAUCGAAGAAAUGGCGGAUGUGUUCGCUUCGUCACACCGGAUUAAUAAUGAAAAUAACAACCCAAGUGAUUCUGGUGUCAACAGUGUUAUCAUCCGCAAUGCGACCAAGACCUUCGGAUCUGGACGUAACAAAUGCGCAGUUCUCCAAGGAUUAAACAUGACCGUUAAAAAAGGAUCAAUAUACGGAUUGCUGGGAGCCAGUGGCUGUGGCAAGACUACCAUUUUAAGUUGUCUCGUCGCUUUGCGUACCUUAAACAGUGGAGAAAUUCAAGUAUUAGGACACGAACCGGGAUCGCCAAAAAGCGGAGUUCCCGGACCGCAGGUUGGCUACAUGCCACAAGAAUUGGCACUGUACGGCGACUUCACCAUCAAGGAGACACUGACAUACUUUGGUCGCCUUUACAAAUUAAAAGCGACUUUUGUGAAAUCGCAAUUGAAGUUUCUGUCCAAUUUAUUGGAUCUACCCCCGUGUGAUCGUUACGUCAAGACGCUGAGUGGCGGACAGCAACGACGCGUCUCGUUCGCCGUCGCUUUGUUUCACGAACCUGAUUUGCUCAUCUUGGACGAACCGACAGUUGGCGUUGAUCCUGUACUCAGGCGCAGCAUUUGGAACCACCUUGUCCGCCAAAGUGUCGACCAUGGCAAAACGGUGAUCGUCACGACUCACUACAUCGAAGAAGCAAGACAGGCCAACACGAUAGGAAUGAUGCGGGGCGGUCGUGUUCUAGUCGAAGAUUCGCCGGAAAAUUUGAUAAGAGAUUACGGACUCCCUUCGUUGGAGGAUGUAUUCCUACAGGUUAGCUUGAAGGACGGUAGUAGAAGUUCAGACAAACAAUUGGCUGAAGAUGUAGCGAGUUCCAAUGAAGCGGCUCCCGUCGAAACUCAAAUUGAGCCUCAACCUUCAGAAAUUAGCGCGGAAGCUUCUAAUCAAAUCGGAAAACGAAUGCCAAAUGAAAAAAGCGACAAAAUCAAAAGUGUUGCCAGAAAACGUCAAAGUUUUAAUUUGAAAUCUUCACUGCCGACACCUCAUGUCAUUGGUGUACUCUUAAGGAAAAAUGCCCUGGUGAUGAUUCGGAAUUUUGGGAUACUUUUAGUAUCAUUUUUCUUGCCUGCUAUCCAAACGGCCCUGUUCAAUGUUACACUCGGACGAGAGCCCACUUCCCUCAAGAUGGCCAUCGUCAAUGAUGAACUGAAUCUGAGCCAGGGACGCGUUUGCAUCAAUAACACGAUGGAUUGCGCGUAUUCCAUGCUCAGCUGUCGCUACCUUCAGUACAUCAAUGACAAUAUUAUUCAGAUUCCGUACGAUAAUGUAUCGGAAGCUUUAGAAGCCGGAAGAAAUGGUGAAGUGUGGGGUGUCAUCCAUUUCGGACAGAAUUUUACAGAGGAGUAUGAAAUUCGACAGUCUCUUGGCGAUUCGGCAAAAUUGGAUAAUAUCUUACGCAGUCGAAUUAGCAUCAACAUCGAUUCUUCUAAUCAACAAAUCGAUGCGUUUUUAAACAAGUGGCUUGUAGAAGCUUUUCGGGAUUUUUCCCGAGGUUUAUUGAUAGCUUGUGGGCAUGAGCCAGAGGCGGGCUACAUGCCUAUCGAGUUUACAGAUCCAGUUUACGGCAGAAAAGUUACCCAGUAUACUGAGGCCAUGUCCUCCGGCCUUAUUAUAGCAAUUAUCUACUCAUCGUCGCUUGUUUUUAUUACCGGUGUAUUUGUCGGUGAAAGACAACAAGGUCUCGUUGAUCGUAGCUUAGUGGCUGGCGUAAAAAUUGUCGACAUUUUUGUUGGUCACGUUGGAUUUCAGUUUUGCAUCACGGUUUGCCAAACGUCGGCAGUUUUUGUGGUCAUGUUUCUGAUGUUCAAAGUACCUUGCCACGGUAGUGUGGUCCUGGCGUUACUCAUUACCCUCCUCCAAGGAUUCAUUGGAAUAUGCUUUGGUAUGUUUACCGCUGCCAUCUGCGAUAACACUAACGGAGCACUUUACCUGACGCAAGCCAAUUUUCUCCCGAUUUUACUGAUGGGAGGCAUUUGUUGGCCGGUAGAAGGGAUGCCUCCGGCAUUACAAAAGGUUGCCCGUUUCCUACCGGUCACGUAUGGCAUCGAGUGUUUGAGAAGUAUUCUCUCCCGCGGUUGGGGAAUUGAAAUGCCUGAUGUCUACAUGGGAUUUUUAGUAAGCUUUGCAUGGAUAUUUGGAUUGACGAUAUUGACGUUGACAGUUAUUCGCUACCGCAAAUUUUCGAGCUAAAACAGCCGGUCCAUCUAUAAGUGAAUCAAAUUUCCAAUUCGUAAGUUAUUCGUAUUAACAAGUAUGCCACGGUUCAUUUAACCUAUUCUGAAUUAACAAAUAGCUGUCAAUUUUUUGUCUAACUCUACCAAACAAUAUUAAUUUUACCUGAUACCAAUAAAGUUAUCAAAUUGUUUUGUAAUUUAAACA